GAAAGAAAGAAAAAACAAAUAAGAUUUGCCAUGAUCAUGGUGUCUCUUCACAGCAAGAGUAUUGACUAAGACAAUGAAUUCACUUGAUAAUGAUUUAGCAUAUCACAAUAUAUAUUGAAACAUCACUAUGUACCUGCCUGAUAUACUUCAAAUAUGCAUAUUAUUUCAGGAUAUUUGAUCACAUUGUGAACCCUGAGAUUACAUUAUUCACUUGAAAAUACCUGUUUCUAGGUGUGGUAUGGUUCAGCCCUAGCUCAUACCUUUAAUCCAAGAGUUUUCUGCUUGAAUAUUGUAAAUAGGAUUAAAUAAAGUCAACCAUAGGUCAAGAGGUGGAGCAUGUAACCAGUUGACAGGAGGUGAACAUAGGAAAAAUGAUAGAGAGUAAGAGGGAGUCAGGAGGAUGGAUAGAGACACACAGGAAGUAGAAGGGAGGGACAUUCAGUGUGAGGAGUUUUGUUUGAGACAGCACAGGAGAAAGCUCUCAUGGGGGAAGGUCAGCUGGGUGCUUUCUCUGCCUCUCUGGGUUAGCAGAAGGGAAAAAUAAAAUAAAAAACAAGAGUCAAAGGAGUGAGAACUUUGUUGUGUUUUGAGGUGGGAUCUAUGUAAGAUGAUUAGAAUAAAAUCACUAAGGCAAAGAUCCCAUUGGAUCCUGGUGGCUUUUUAGGAUAGAUCAAAAACAGUCCAUGUGCAAAGACACAUGAUAAGUAAAAUCAUUUUAGAAAAUUAAAAAGAAAUAAGAAGACAAGGAAGAGAGUAUGGGAGGUGGUAUUCACAUACAGAUGUUAGUGGAGGGGAGUGUGGGAGGGAGGUAUUCACAUACAGAUGUUAGUGGAGGAGAGUGUGGGAUGCAGGUAUUCACAUGCAGAUGUUAGUGGAGGAGAGUGUGGGAGGGAGGUGCUCACAUACAGAUGUUAGUGCAGGAGAGUGUGGGAGGGAGGUGCUCACAUACAGAUGUUAGUGGAGGAGAGUGUGGGAGGGAGAUGCUCCCAUGCAGAUAUUAAUAGAGGACUCUGUAUCCUGGCUUAUGCUGUGCUCUGAAUGUGAAAAGUCUCCUACAAGCAGCUCAUGUGUCUGAGCAUUUGGUUUCCAGCUGGGGUGCCAUUGGUAAGAUGUUGGAAUCUUUAAGAGGUGGAGCCUGGUAGAGGAAGUGGGUCACUGGGGACAGGCUUGAGACUUUAUAGCCUGGUGCCACUUCCUGUCAUUUUCUCUGCAUCCUUGCUGCUAAUGCACUGUGACCAGCUGACUUCCUGCUCCUGACACUAGGUCUCCUGUUCCCCGGUGGAAAUAUAUCUUCAAACUUUGCAGUCAAAGGUCAACUUACAAGAGUUUCCUGUCUCCUACCUACCAUGUGGGUCCUGGCGAACAAACUGAAGUCAUUGCGUUUAUGGCACGUCCCUUUACCCACCGACUUGUCUCUCUGGCCCUGAGACACAACCCUUUAUAACAAAAACAAUACAGACACCAAUCAUCUGCUCUCCUGUCUCUACUAGAAAAUGGCAGCCGAGGGAGAAGCCUUUGAGGAGAGGAUUUCUGAAUUUGAUGAUGAGUCGGCCUCUGAGCUCUCUGCUCUUCUCGGUGUGGAUGCAUUUCAGGUCAGAAAGAGACGAGAUGAAGAAGAGCAUCAGGAACGAAUAAAAAUGAAGAAAGGUUUUAACUCGCACAUGCGCAGUGAAGCCAAGCGAUUAAAGACUUUCGUGACCUAUGACACGCUCAGAUCAUGGACGCCACAGGACAUGGCAGCCGCUGGGUUUUACUUUACCGGGGUGAAACUUGGGGUUCAGUGCUUCUGCUGCAGCUUAAUCCUCUUUUGCACCAGAGUCAGCAAUCUUCCCAUAGAAAGCCACAAGAAAUUCCGUCCAGGAUGCGAGUUCCUUUUGGGCAAAGACGUCGGUAACAUCGGCAAGUAUGACAUCAGGGUGAAGAGUCCCGAGAAGCUGAGAGGUGGCAAAGCAAGGUACCAAGAAGAGGAGGCCAGACUGGAGUCCUUUGAGAACUGGCCGUUUUAUGCCCAUGGGACAUCGCCCCGUGUGCUCUCAGCAGCUGGCUUUGUCUUUACAGGUAAAAGGGACACUGUGCAGUGUUUCUCCUGUGGUGGAUGCUUGGGAAACUGGGAAGAAGGAGACGAUCCUUGGAAGGAGCAUGCCAAGUGGUUCCCCAAGUGUGAAUUCCUUCAAAGUAAGAAAUCCUCAGAAGAAAUUGCCCAGUAUAUUAAAAGCUACGAGGGAUUUGUCCAUGUAACGGGAGAACAUUUUUUGAAUUCCUGGGUCAAAAGAGAAUUACCUAUGGUGUCAGCUUACUGCAAUGACAGCGUCUUCGCUAAUGAAGAACUAAGGCUGGACACCUUUAAGGACUGGCCCCAUGAAUCCCCUGGGGCUGCUGAAGCUCUGGUCAGAGCAGGCCUUUUCUACACAGGCAAAAACGACACUGUCCGGUGCUUUUCCUGUGGAGGAUGUAUGUCGAAAUGGGAGGAAGGUGACGACCCAUUAGAAGAUCACACCAAGUUUUUUCCCAACUGUGUAUUUCUUCAAAACCUGAAGUCCUCUGCAGAAGAGAUUCCUGCCUUUCAGAGUCACUACACACUUCCAGAGGUCACGGACACCACAGGUGAAAGCAAUCAUGAGGAUCCAGUGGCCGUUCACUCUACGGUGGCCGACCUGGCUCAGAGUGCAGCCCAGUGGUUUCAAGAGGCAAAGAGUCUGAGUGAGCAGCUGAGAGGAGCCUACACCAAGGCUACUUUCCGCCACAUCAAUCUGCCAGAGGUGUGUUCCAGCCUCGGCACUGACCACUUGCUUGGUUGUGACCUGUCCAUGGUUUCAAAGCACAUCAGCAGGCCAGUGCAAGAGGCCUUGAUGCUUCCCGAGGUCCUCAGCAAUCUCAACUCCGUCAUGUGUGUGGAGGGGGAAACUGGCAGUGGGAAGACAACCUUCCUGAAGAAAACAGCUUUUCUCUGGGCAUCAGGAUGCUGUCCCCUGCUGAACAGGUUCCAGCUGGUCUUCUACAUCUCCCUUGGUUCCACCAGACCAGACCAGGGGCUGGCUGACAUCAUCUGUGCCCAACUCCUAGAGGCAGGAGGAUGCAUUAGUGAUGUGUGCCUGAGCAGCAUCAUCCGGCAGUUAAAACACCAGGUGUUGUUUCUGUUGGAUGACUAUCAUGGGAUGGACUCACUGCCCCAAGCCAUCAAAACCCUGAUUACAAGAAACUACUUGACCCGAACCUGCUUAUUGAUCACUGUCCAUACAAACAGGGCCAGGGACAUCCGCCCAUACCUAGAUACAAUUCUAGAGAUCAAAGAGUUUCCCUUCUAUAACACUAUCUCUGUAUUACGGAAGUUAUUCUCACAUGAUCUAGCCCGUGUUCGAAGGUUUGUUAUUUACUUUGGAAAGAAUGAAGAUUUACAGGGAAUUCACAAAACUCCUCUCUUUAUGGCAGCAGUCUGUGCUGACUGGUUUCAAAAUCCUUCUGACCAGGCCUUUCAUGAUGUGGCAGCUUUCAAGUCCUAUAUGAAAUACCUUUCCUUAAAACACAAGGCUACACCUGAGCCUCUCAAGGCCACUGUGUCCUCAUGUGGCCAGCUGGCCUUGAGAGGUCUUUUUUCAUUUUGCUUUGAGUUUAGUAGUGAUGACCUCACAGAAGCAGGUGUUGAUGAAGAUGAAGAUCUGACCACCUGCUUGAUGAGCAAAUUCUCUGCCCAGAGACUGAGACCAGUCUAUCGGUUCUUAACUCCUUUGUUCCAGGAAUUUCUGGCUGCCAUGAGGCUGACUGAGCUCCUGGGUUCAGAAAGGCAGGGAGACCAAGAUUUGGGACUUGGUUAUUUGAGACAAAUUAACUCACCCUUGAAGGCUAUGAAUGCCUACAGCAAUUUUUUGAAGUAUGUCUGUAGCCAUCCUUCAUCAAAGGCAGGGCCAAAAAUUGUAUCUCAUUUGCUUCAGUUGGUGGAUGAUAAAGAGUCCCUGGAGGACAUGUCUGAAAAUGAGGCUUAUGUGAAGCUCCAUCCAGAAACUUCCCUGAGGAUAGAGUUUGUUCGGUGGUUGUGGCAGGUAUCUCCUGAAGCUUUCUCUUCAUUUGUUUCAGAACAUCUAUUGAGCGUUGCCCUAAACUUUGCUUAUGAAAGCAACGCGGUGGCUGCCUGUUCUCCAUUUAUUUUGCAAUUCCUUCGAGGGAGAACACUGGCUUUGAAAGUACUGAAUUCACAGUACUUUGGGGACCACCCAGAAAGUCUGCUAUUAUUGAAGAGUAUUGAGGUCUCCAUAAGUGGAAAUAACAGGAUAAGGAGAAUAGAUUUUCCACUCAUGGAAAAAGAUUUUGAAAAAUUACAGCCCCCAACUAUAGAUGAGGACUAUGCAUCUGCCUUUCAACCUAUGAAUAAAUGUGAGAAAAAUUUAUCUGAAAAAGAAGAGAUAAUAAAAAACUAUUCAGAUAUCCAACACCAAGCCCCACCCAACAUCAGUGCUGGCUAUUGGAAACUGUCACCCAAGCCGUGCAAGAUCCCUAGGCUGGAAGUUAGAGUGGCCAGCAUGGGUCCAGCAGACCAAGCACUGCUCCGAGUCCUAAUGGAAGUCUUCUCAGCAUCACAGAAUAUCGAACUCCAUUUGAAACACAGCAGUGGCUUUCUUGAAAGCAUCCGCCCAGCUCUGGAGCUGAAUAAGACCUCUGUCACCAAGUGCUCCAUGUGCAGACUGGAGCUCAGCGCAGCAGAACAGGAGCUGCUUCUCGGCCUGCCUGCCCUGCAGUCUCUUGAGGUCUCAAGGACAAACCAGUUACCAGAUCAACUUUUCGCUAACUUGGACAAGUUCUCAAGCCUGAAAGAAUUGUCUCUGAGACUAGAUGGCAUUCCAGAUGUGCUUUCAGUCAUCCCUGGAGAUUUCCCAAACCUCCACCACAUGGAGAAGUUAUCCAUCCAAACUUCCACAGAGUCUGACCUCUCCAAACUGGUUAAAUUGAUCCAGAACUCUCCAAAUCUCCAAGUUUUCCACCUGAAAUGUGAUUUCUUUUCGAACUGUGAGUCUCUCAUGACUGUGCUUGCUUCCUGCAAGAAACUCAGAGAGAUUGAGUUUUCUGGACGAUGCUUUGAAGCCAUGCCAUUUGUCACCAUUUUGCCAAAUUUUGUUUCUCUGGAGAUAUUGAAUCUUGAACAACAACAGUUUUCAGAUAAGGAAACAUCAGAAAAGUUUGCCCAGGCUCUGGGUUCUCUCAGGAACCUGGAGGAACUGCUCCUUCCCACUGGGGACGGGAUUCACCACGUGGCCAAACUGAUUGUCCGGCAAUGUCUGCAGCUUCGGUGUCUCCGAGUUCUUGCCUUUAAGGAGACCUUGGAUGACGACAGUGUGAUGGAAAUCGCCAAGGGAGCAACCAGCGGAGGUUUCCAGAAACUUGAGAACUUAGAUCUUUCACUGAAUCACAAGAUUACAGAGGAAGGGUACAGACAUUUCUUUCAAGCCCUGGACAACCUGCCAAACUUAAAAGUAUUCAACAUUUCCAGGCAUCUUCCAGAAUCCAUCCAAGUUCAGGCCACCACUGUCAAGGCUCUGAGUCAGUGUGUGUCCCGACUGCCCAGCCUCAUCAGGCUUCAUAUGCUCAGUUGGCUCCUGGAUGAAGAGGACAUGAAAGUGAUUAAUGCUGUGAAGGAGAGACACCCUCAGUCCAAAUGCUUGAUUGUUCAUUGGCAGUGGGUAGUGCCCUUCUCUCCUGUCAUUCAGAAGUGAAGGAUGCAGCUGAAGAUUACUGGAGGUCUCAAAGCCCAAUUUUCCAAUACAUUUCACUCUAGACAAGCAUGGUGUCCCCAGUACUUAAGAGACUGAGACAGGAGGGUCAAGAGGUUCUAGUCCAGCUGGGUUACAUAACAAGACCUGCUGAUGAACCAAAUCCUUUACUAUCACAUACACAAUAAUACUCUUAACCUGUCAGGCUGGUAACUGUUUGAAAGCCUGCACGCCCACAUUGAGCUAUGACAAGCAAUCCUUGGCAAUCCUCGUAUGGUCCUCCUGUCUAAAGACUAGAGCCUCACUCAAGUUCAUACUGAGAAUCCUCCAUUGCCAAGGUCAACAGGAAGGGGCAGAGAAAAGAACACUGAUCUAUGUAAAAGCCACAAGGAAGGAGCAUUUGAUGGAGGUAAGAAAUGGCCAGUUUAAGGAUGAGUCCAUCCCACCCAUGAUGAAGCACGAGUCGACUUUAGCACAGGAUGCAGACAACUCUUUGCAGAGAUGCUCUUUAGUCUUUGCAGGGCUUCUGUAUAGUUGUGGCCAUGCUUGCUCACACCAUCUCCCAUCCAUUGCGGAUGUGAGGAAGAAGGUGGGCUUAGAGAAAACUGCUUUUAUUCCAGAGGAUUUUGAGAGUUACAUAUAUUAUGACAGCUUUAUAAUUUUGUUGGGAAUCCAGUCCGUUUUAUGCGAUUUGACCUUGUAAGGAUUUCUGGGUAUAUUAACUUGAUUAUGAUAAUUGUCAUUUCAUACUGGUCACUACUCUAGAGGUGGUGGGACCUGGGAGAAUGGAGUCAAUAAAUGAAGCCGACUACAAUCUCA